UUUUUUAAAACCAAUUUUACAAUUCGUAGACAAACCCAAACUGAAAUCACAAUUUAAGCAGAAUGAUCAAUAUAAGCAAAGCUGAAAUCAGAAUUUGAUAGUUAAUCGUCAGUGGUCGAAAACUACUCCAAUAAAAUGAAGAACCCCACCAGUGUUGGGGUUUCCAAUCACGCCCUGUUUUUGAACGAAGCCCUACUGAAUUUUGUGGCAAUAGGUCGGUCCGGGGGUGCGGAAUAUUUCGAAGACGGCCAACGAAAAGUCCAUUACGUGCUGGUGAUAUACAGAACAUCGACGCGGAAAAAUUACAUAGUCAUCCAGGAUGUGCUAAGGCAGUUGGAGGAUUUGGGGUUGGAAUUUGAACAAGAUCUUGGAAUAACAAUUCCUGUAAAUUUCAUCAAAAUUCACAUGAACAACGAAGUGGCCAGGCAAUUAAUCAACGCCUACGACAUUCAAAAAGAAUAUUUGGAUGAUUUUAAUUACACAGAUCCCAAUCCUAGAGAUUGCGCUUUUUUUAAAGACCCCCUGCUUACCAGAGACCCCUUUGCCAAUGAAAGCAUUGAAACUCUCUCUGUGAACAAAAUGAGAAUAAUUUUUAGAAUGCUGAAACAUGUUUCAUUCGGACCCGAAGAUGAUAUGCACGGCAUAGAAAAAUUAAAAAGAAAAGGCAUAUUUAAAGCCGCUUACCCAAUGCACGAUGGGAAAAUUCAAAUAGAAUACUGGCAUAACGAUGAUUUAAUAAAUGAAAGAACGUUAUUGGCAAAAUAUUGGAGCUCCGUGUCCAAAUGGUACAAAGUGCAACCAUUUAACAUGAUUCACAAGUAUUAUGGCGCAGAAAUAGCGUUUUACUACGCUUGGUCCGAUUUUUACGACAAAGUUUAUUAUUUCCCCCUUGCCAUUAUUGGAGUUUUAGUGUUUAUGCUUAAUUCAGCCUAUUUUUCCAGAAAAAGUCAACGCGAUUUGGAAAUCAUAUGCAAUUCUGAGAUACCAAUCUGCGGUACGUGUAUCUUUGGAUCUGGUUGUUUACCCAAGCCUCUUAAAACUUAUUGCGGUGGAUAUACGGAGUUGGUUCGCACAGAGAGAUACAGCACUAUAGUUUUUUCUUUGCUUAGCUCUAUAUGGGCUUUUGUCGUCAUAAGUCUUUGGAAUAGACGCGAGGCAUCCUUAAAAUAUCGCUGGAAUUUGUAUGAAGAAAAUGUAAAAGAAGAGAUGGAAAUUAGAAUCGAAUAUAAAGAAUUGGCCAAACGAAAAAUUGUGAAUGGAAUGGUUACUUUCGAGAUAGAGAGAAAAAUAAAAUAUCCCAAAAGGUUUUUUGCAUGUCUUUGGUACAUUGGUAUGGUUGUAUUUGUUAUUGCCUUUUGUUAUUUAAGGCAGGCCUUGGUGGCUGCGAUAAACAUCGCUGUGGUCAAACAUCACCUCUACGAAACCGUUGAGAUUGACACCAUCAUAAUCGGACUGAAUUCUACAUUGACAGCUUUGUGUACGAUAUAUUAUGCGAAACUCGUCGGUGCCAUAGGAGAACGAAUGACGAGCGCUUUCCUGCCAAAGACGCAGGGCGGUUACGACAACAUAUUAAUCGUUUUGACAUUUAGUUUGGAUAUUAUCAACACCUUUCUUCCGCUGUUUUAUACGGCUUUCCUUAAGGAUAGUAACUCCAAUAUUCCCGUGAGAAGUGGAUCGUGGUUUUAUGGUUACGAUGAUUGUGAUCCAUAUCCUUGCCUAUACCAACUUCAAAUUCAAUUCCUGAUUUAUUUAACUUUAAAAACGUUAAUUGAAAAAAUAUUUGUAAUUAUUGGUCCAAAAAUUAACAAACUCAUAAAAUACUACUUCACGGAACGAUUGAAACAAUCCUCAAUGCCUCAAUAUGAAGAAGAAUACAACUUAAAACCCACUACCAGAAAUAUGACCAAGAUACUUCAUUCCAGACGAUGCAUGCAGUAUGUUCUGGUGCUAGGCUUCGUUUAUAGUCUUCCGUUUGCCCAUUUUUGCGCAUUGGCUCACAACUUAUUGGCUUUGAGAAUGGAUGCCAAAAAGUUGAUUUAUAAUACCAGAAGACCCCCAUCCGUCAGACACGUUAAAGGAAUUGGAACCUGGCAUUCUGUUGUGUUAAAUAUGACUUUUAUAGGAGCUUUGUGCAAUAUACUGGUUAUUACAUUUUCCGGACAAUUGAUUAACCUGAUAUAUCAUCACCAUUAUAAAAAGGAGUAUACCAUUUUGAACUUGUUCUCUGAGUUUCAACCGGAACCCGUUUUUGGCGAAUCCAAAGUGAAGCUUAACACGUGUUGGUAUUUAGGCCAAUAUCUUCCUCCGGGACACAAACGGGGCCAAUAUAAAAGGCAGAGAACUUUUUACAAGACCGCCGAUAAAAAGUCGGAGUAUUUUCUUUACUUCGAAACAAUCAUUGUGCUCUGCUUUAUCAUCAUUCGUUUACUAAUACCAAAAGUGCCGUUGCACAUAAAGAAAAAAACUGGCGUAGACAGAACGAACCUUAGAAAUUCAUACAAUGAAGUGUUUAAUAAGAAGUUGAAUAUUGAACCUCCAGGUUAUAAAGGUGAAAAUACAGACGUCGAAGAUGAACCAGAAGACGAUGAAGAUGAUGAUCAAGAGGAUGAUCAUAUAGAUGAUCCAGAUGUUGGUAUAAGCGAUAUUGGUGUCGAUAGGUCCCGCGCACGUCCUUCCAUAUACGGAGAGCCAGUUCCCUACACCGAAGGGGAAGACGAAGAAGAUGAAAUUGAGUGGUUUAGAUAUAGAUAAGUUUUUCUUAUAUUUACUAGUUUAUACAAUCAAUUAAUAAAUAUUAAUGGUUUAUUUCGGA